ACUAGAGAUCCCGUGGCUUUUAAUUCCCUCACUACUUUUUUUUUUAACCCUCCUUCGAUGUGCCCCGUUAUUACCAUUUGUCUGAGGCGUUCAUUUCCGCACCUGCCACAGUAGAGACCAGGCGAAGGCGAAGUAGAGGAGGAGACAAGGACAUUGCGAGAGCCGGGAGAGGCAGACGGUAGAGAUAGCAGCGGCGACUCGUUUGAGAUCUUAAAGGACAAAAAAAUGCUGCUCUGGACCAGAAUCGUAUUGGUCGGUCUCAUCUGCUUGUCCUUGGUGUCCUCUGGGAUGGGAUGCGGACCGGGCAGGGGCUACGGCAGGAGAAGACACCCGAAGAAGCUGACACCUCUUGCGUACAAGCAGUUCAUCCCCAACGUGGCGGAGAAGACCCUCGGGGCAAGCGGCAGAUACGAAGGCAAGAUCACAAGAAACUCCGAGCGAUUUAAAGAACUGACUCCCAAUUAUAACACAGACAUCAUAUUCAAGGAUGAGGAGAACACCGGUGCCGACAGGCUAAUGACUCAGAGAUGUAAAGACAAGCUGAACUCGCUGGCUAUCUCUGUGAUGAAUCAGUGGCCCGGAGUGAAGCUGCGGGUCACCGAGGGCUGGGACGAAGACGGACACCACUUCGAAGAGUCGCUCCACUACGAGGGCAGAGCCGUGGACAUCACCACCUCGGACAGAGACAAGAGCAAAUACGGCACUCUGUCCAGGCUGGCGGUGGAAGCCGGAUUCGACUGGGUCUAUUAUGAAUCCAAAGCCCACAUCCACUGCUCUGUGAAAGCAGAAAACUCAGUGGCAGCAAAGUCAGGUGGCUGCUUCCCAGGCUCCUCCACUGCCACCCUGCAGGAUGGCACCAUGAAGGCGGUCAAAGACCUCCGAACCGGGGACAGGGUCCUGGCGGCAGAUGGGCAUGGAAACCCGGUUUACACCGACUUCAUCAUGUUCAUAGACCAAGACUCAACGACCAGGAGGCUCUUCUAUGUGAUCGAAACCGACUCGGGCCAGAAAAUCACCCUCACCGCUGCGCACCUCCUGUUCGUUGGCCACAACAGCACGGAAGGGGAACGGAUGUCGACGAUCUUCGCCAGCGAAGUCCAGUCCGGACAGAAGAUGUUCGUGUUUGACGCAGAGCGAAGUCGACUCGAGCCUGUGACCGUAAAACGGAUUUACACGCAAGAGCACGAGGGCUCUUUUGCGCCGGUGACCAUGCAGGGGACCAUCGUGGUGGACCAUGUCCUUGCUUCCUGUUACGCAGUGAUCGAAGACCACGACCUGGCGCACUGGGCCCUGGCACCCGUCAGGCUCGCCCACUGGGUGUCCUCGUUGCUUUUCAGUUCCCAGCCUCCAGUCAGUGCACAGAACGACGGAGUGCACUGGUACUCCAAGAUCCUUUAUCAAUUGGGAACAUGGCUCUUGGACAGCCACUCGAUCCAUCCACUUGGGAUGUCAGUAUACACGAGUUGAAACCUCUACUACAGGAGCAGAACGAGACUUAAAUGUAGGACACACGAACUAUUCAGUAGAUUAAAAAAUAAAAUAAUAAUAAUAAUUAAAAAACGAACGAACAAACAAACAAGACAAAGGCCCCAGCGGAGUUGGGAUAUUUAUUUCAGUGACUUUGCCAUGUGUCCCCUUUCAAAGAAUGAAUGGAGCCUUAAAAAGUUUCUCUUUGAAUAAUUUAUUCUCAUGUGAACUCGCUGCUGUCACACAAAUGGAUUCUGAAACGGUGUGAGCAGCAAAUUGUGCAUAAUCUAUUUUUGUAUA